CAAUCCCGUAGGUGUUGAUGAAUUUUACGAGUGCGACUCUGCUUUCUUCUUCCAGUUACUUAUAGUCAAUAUGUUUCAUUUGAUUAUGGAGGAAAAGGAAACAAAAGUCGAUCGGUUUGUCCUCCCUUUUUACUAGCGAGGAGCGCAAAACAACAAAAUCAUGGCCGUUUCCUUGCACAAGUCUUCAGCUGCUUCUGCGACUGCGUCAGCGAAUGACGACUCUCAUCACCAGCCUCACGACGACCACCUCAACAUGUUGGUCCUCGUAGAUGCCAAUUCCAAUCCGUUGAACGACUUGGAGACAGUGUUCAGGAGAAGACUCUUUCGUGCGAGCCAAAUUUUGGUCUGUUUGCGUGUUUCCAGCGACGAAAUUGCAGACUCAGUCGAUCCCGAUCCGUUUUAUGCCCUCGUUUCACGCUACAGCUACUGGCCUUCACUCUACGACGACGUCUAUGCCCAUUUCAAGUCCUGUCUGGCACCAAGGUUUGGCCUUGCAGCUAGUUUACAGCCUCUGUCGGAGAUAUGGUUGGAGUUGGAAGGAACGGCUGAUGAAGAGGAGCAAUUGAUGGGUCAGGGAGCACAGAAUGGACAAGGACAAGGACAGGGUGCACAAGCACACAUACGGACUGGUGGACAAAACACCAACACUCUACUUCCUUUUGGCACUACACAACAGUCGAUCGGGAAUCCGAGCAGUAGUCGAGGCUCAGCGAGACCAGUAGAUACGCGUCUGCCGAUCGGAGUAUCGUGGGAUAUACAUUACUGGGUAUGAAAACAGUUGCUGCAUAUUCACAGUUUCAGGCCCAUAAAACGAACAACUCGAUCUCGAUCGUUAGCCGUACCAAUAUUUUAUUAAGAAAAUUUGAGUAACGACCAGCACCAAUGCUUCUGCUCGUCUCUCUGUCGGUUGAGCCAUCACAUCCUAGUGCCCCUCACCUCUUCUAACUCAUUCCACUCCCUCCACCGCCUCCAGCAGCACUUCAAGACAACAUCGAUCAACAAGCACUCCCUCCGACAUAGCCGUCAACAACAAUAAGGUCCAUAAUGUCAUCGUGCAUUUUCGAGCACCGUCUGAAGUAGCAGGUGGCUCUGAAGCUGUGCAGGAUUCUUUCACGGAUCUGGCCUAUGAUCGAGACUCGCAUCGGGAUUCAUAUCUGAAUGCCUUGCGGAAAGCGGUGUAUCUUCAAUACGGACAUGCGAAUGCGUUCAUGCGCGUUCCAAUGGGAGCGCAAAAACAGCUUUUAGAAGCUGUUCAUGGGCCGACUUGCGAUCACGAGCUGUACUUUAUGGCGAGCAGCACACAUAUGACGUCAGUAGUUGUUGUAUUCGAAAAGUGAAAAUGAAUAAGCGAGUAGCUAACUGAAAUAAAAGAGUUACAACGCUGUUCGCCUUUUUCAGCAUCUCGCUUUUUUUUGGUAGUUACUUGCUUAUUUCACAGUUUAUCGAAUAGUUCGAUUUCGCUUGCAACUUCUAGUACUUCUAGAAUUUUUAAAUUUCUUGUUGAUCUAUUCUUCUAAUCUCCUGCGCAUCAUAACAUCGCAACUCGGUUUUCCGAAGACGUGGAAAGCAUGGAAGUCGGUAGCCUUGAAAGUGCAUCUUCUGCAUGGUUCUCCCCGACGUGAUCAUGACGGAGGUGGGGAUCAACAUCAGAAAGAAGACCACAUCCAGAAAGCAGAAGGAAGAAGCCACGGCUUCAGUACUUUUUUGUGUUGUUGUGAGCCCUUUUACAACAGGUCACAUGGAACAGCAGGUGGAUCUACGGAUGCAGCUAAAGAUGUAAAUGCUGCUAGUCCACCUACUAGGGCCGCGAGUGCAACUGCUGGACAAGUAGGAGACGGUCCUACGAGUACUACAAGUGCUAGCCCAAGAAGUGCUGCUGUGGCUUCUCCAGCUGCAGCUUCUACAGACGUUGUAAAUAGUGAGCUAGAACAACAAGAAAUGCUGCGUCCCAUGUCAAUAGGUGAUGCUUUAGCAGAAAAACUACCUUUUCUAAGACCAGACUCAGAAGAAGGCUCAUCCUCAUCCUCAUCGUCCUUUGUAUGGGAUUUCUACGCAUUGGGGCUGCAUCUUGACCCUGGUACGCCGUUGUAUUGGCUUGCACUAAACUGCUCAUACCUAGAUCAAUAUGUGCAUAUUGUUGCUGUCCCAGGAUUCAUCACCGCUUAAUAUGCAAAGAAGUAGAAGAGGCGGUGUUUCUCAUUCUUCAUAGGACGUGGU